AAACAUACAGGCCUAGAUAGCUCGUCUUGUAGCUGAUGCGCGCAAACGCUAAUGUAUCUGACUCGAAUUACACUAGAUUCGAUUCGAAUUCGAAUAGUUCGCACAUCUCCAGUGGUUACUGACGAUACGAUUAGUCCCGCCCGCUUCGUCGAAAUCGAGUCGGGUCGAAGAUUCUCCGAAUUUUGAUUACCGCGAAAAUUGUCUCUCUAUCUACCUCUCUCUCCCUCUCUUUUUUUUUCUCUCGACACUUGGUCAAUUUUCCACGAACGACCAACCGAGUCAAAGCUGCGUCUCCGUUAAAUAAAGAUUCCACACCGCGCUCGCAGCGAAAAGGAGAAAAAAAGUCUAUAGGCCGCGAGUUAUAAUCGAUCAUCGUGUAGCUGGCAAUCUGCUCGCACACGCGGACCGCAUCGCGGCGUAUUUGCAUAUCGCACGUGACCCGCGAGCGUGUGACUCUCUUCGCGGGGUCACACAAGCGCACGUUGCGGUGUCUUCAAUGGCUCCGACCCUUCGUCACAAGCAUCGGCCACCAUUCACGCUCUUCAUUCAGCCUCUGCCAUGCAGCGCGCUUGCGUUCAUCUCGCUCCUCGGCCGUUCCGCGUGUUGCUUCUCGUUCGCUGCUCUCUCCCUGCCCCACCAGCCCUCCUCUUCGUUCUCUUUCCUCCGCGACUUCCAUCAUUCAAACAACAACGACGGCGACGACGACGACGACGAUGACGACGACGACGACGACACGGCGCUACACGUCGCGAUGCAGCUACGCGCUCUCGCCGCCUUCCUUAUUGCGUCUUCGUGGCAGCUUUCGAGUGAUUGACGGGGCGGCGGCAGCGGCAGGAAGAAGGGACGCCAGAUUGUUGGCGGCACGGGGGCAGAGGUUGUGAGACGUGGGUGGCGUAGCGGCAGAGUCACCGGCUCGGGGGAAGCUAAGUCCAAGAGAGACAGCGAGAGGGGGGGACCCAGCGGAGGGUGGGAGGUCGGGAUAGUUGCUGCCGGCGGUGCAGGGUUGAAUAUCAACCCACGCGGUCGUCCCGGACGUGCACCGGUGCUAGUUCGACUUCGCCUGAACCCGCGGUAACCACGCGGUAGAGCAUCGCGCGCGCGAGCGAGCGCGCGCGCGCGCGAAUGAGACGAAGAAGGGUUGUGUGCGAUCGCGCACGUGAUCAGUCGGUCAGCGAUUGACACGGACAUCGAGAGGGUGGUCGGGAGGACACGCCAGAGGGACCAAACUGCAACGUAGAUAGACCAGUCGCGAGCUGGUCGACGACGCGUGAGCAGGGAUCAACGACGACGACGAUGACGACGUCGCGGUGAAAUCUCGCGCGCGCCGCCGGCCGCUCUGCACAAACCGGGCUGCAUCGAUUUUUCGACGCGCUCUCGAGCACACGCGGCCGAUACCAAUGACCCUCGACGUGCCGGCGGUUUAAAGGUCAGAGACUGCCGCGCGGCGAUUCGGCUUCGCGACGUGACGCGACCGCGUGUGUCGCGCAGAAAGCGUGUUGCCGCAUCGUGCAGAUUGCCGAGGAACGAUCAGCUGGCAGAGGGACGCAGGGAGAGUGAAAACGAACGCGAUUUCAACGCGUCUCCAGAGUGACUGCUCGAUCUUGCGGCGACACGUCCGCACGUGUAAAAAUCGACGGACGCGUAUUCCGCUUCGCCGACGAGAACGCACGCUUCGCUCGGCGACGUCGUGAUCCGCGAUACCGCGGAAUCAUUGAUCUUCCUUGGCGCCCACCGCUGCCGUCACCUCCACCACCUCCGCCUCCGCCUUCGCCUUCGCCUUCGCCGCCGCCGCCGCCGCCGCCGCUACACGUGAACCAACGUCACACAGUUCAACGAGUGUGCGACGCAAUUACUCCAGGAACGCCGCCGUGAGAGGCGUUCGCGGAUGUACGUCGCGGGAUGACGAUCGUACCCGUGCCGACGACAACGCGCGAGCGGUCGAUACGCGAUCGAUACGGCCGCUCACUCUCGAAGGCUUCCCGCGGCGUGACAGAUCGGAAUAACGUGUUUGUAUCGCGCGAUCGUGCAACACUUUCCGCCAUGUGCCGCGAGUAAAUUACCGGCGAUCGGGAUACACUCGUAAGAGGAUCGCGUCACCGGGGACUGCGAGGAGGGAGACGGCUGAGCAAAGCGUCUUUGCACCACUGGCUCUGCGACUCGCUGUGGUCCGCUGUGAUUUUUGCCCGUGGCCAGCAAGGAAGUAGUGACGUUCCUGCUUUAGUCAGGCGAGCCGUCCGGUCGCGCCGCGCGAGCGACGAACUUUCUCGAGAACGGCGCGGCGCAUCGCGGAACGAUACUGGGGGGAUACACCGAAAGUGCUUGCGUCGUGAUUAUUAUGAUUGCACAAUUAUGCGAUGAUUGCAAUAUUCAUCUUUCGAGGCGAACAGAUACGGCAUGAGAUCUCUCGAAAGUGUUCACGUCAAUUUUCAUCUGGGGCUACCCACGAUCGCUCGCUCGCGACUCGCGUUUCCGCGAGUGUUUGGCGCGUUGUGUUCCAAACAGCACGGCGUAUCAUAUCCGAAAGUCUGAUUCUGUCUCUUCAUAUGUCCAAUCGCGAUCGGCGAGUAGAAAUCAACGAGCGAUAUAUCGCGAGGUUGAACACGAUCGAGCGACUUUUUUUUGCUACGACUUACGCGGACACGCAGGUGAACGGAAGACGCGACGUUCUCUGCGACAUCGAAGACAAUCCGCGGAGACACGCGUAGUCAAGCAAGAGAAGCGAGAGGAGAAGGAACAUUGAGAAGGAAGAGAAAGACAGAUUUAUCGUUAUAUUCCAUAAUUCGCGCGCCGCACAAGUUGCGCAAGUGUGUUAAUGAUUAACGACUCGUCGUAUAAAUGUGGAACUGUACGAGAUUAAAAAAAGGACGAACGGAGCAAAAUGUUCCCCACGGGAAGUAACGUCUCGAUUGCCACUAAUCUCCAGUGGGGCCGUGAAGACUGGAGGAACUCGUCGAAUAUGGAUCUAACGGCUCUUUACGGGAUGCAGCAGCGAAGUCUCCUGCCCUACUUGUCCGCGUAUCACCCUUACAAUAGCUUCCCGAUGGCGUCUUACCAGAGCUACUUCCACUUCCGGCACUACUUUCGAUCGCAGCUCACGCUCGAUCCCUAUUUCGCCCUCAAUUAUCACGAAUGCUUGGACGCGAAGGACUUGUACGCGUCGCUUUUCGACUCCCCGGUAUCCCUCGGAUCAGAAGGCUCGCCACUCGGGAACCAGCCGGCGGACGCACCUUCACCCAUAAACUUUCCUGCUCCAGGGGAGAGCAUGGCCGACACCUCGACCCUGUCGCCGGAAGCGAACACGCCGAGCUCGCCGGGCUGCCCUAUGGUCACAGUGAAAAGCGAGUACCUGCUGGGCAGCCCGAGUCCGGGGACACCGCGAGGAGACUCUCUCCGUGGUGCUGGCAGCGGCGGCAGCGGCGGCGGCAGCGGCGGCGGCGGCGGCGGCGGCGGCGGCGGCGGUAGCGGUGCUGGCGGAGGAAGCGGCCAAGAAGGUCGCGACGCGACGUGUUCAGACCGCGCAUCGCCCGACUCGGUCUUCCCGGACGCCAGCCCUAUGCUGAGCUUCAGGGUCGUCGACGAGCCACAGCAGCAGCAACAGCAGCAACAACCGCAGCAGCAACCGCAGCAGCAACAUCACCAUCAGCAGCCGCAACCGCAGCAUCAGCAGCAACGUUCCGCAACACCCGCACCAGCCAGAUCGUCACCCUACUCUCCGGUUCAAGCGGUCUCGUCGACUCCGAUGGGUCAAGAAGCCACCUCGAGGAGCGAUAGCCCGGAUAAGGGCGAUUUGUCGUCCGCGCAGACCAAGGAAGAGUCCGAUAACUCGGUAUUCGACGGAGGUGGAGGCGGCGGCGGCGGCGGCGGCGGCGGCGGCGGUGGCGGUGGCGGUGGCGGUAGCGGUCGCUCGGAAGCCUCCAGCCAACCUAGUCACCGGAACAGCCCGUCGUCGCAGUUCAACCCGAGCCAGAGCGUCAGUCCGGGUGGUGGGACCGCGCACGGGCCGCAACAACAAGCGCCGCAGACCUCGCCGACGCUGACGAGGCCGCGCGCACCCUCGGUGCCGCCGCACCUGUUGGCGCACCAUCAUCAGUUCUGGUCGCAGAAUACCGGUAUGCAAGGAUUCGCCACGCAGAGGCUACUCAACGGCGUCAUCAGCAGCGUCGGCUACGGCCAGAACGCCACCGCCGUCUCCACGAGCAGCGGUACCAGCACCAGCGGGAACGUCGCCAGCUGUGUCACCACCGGUGCUACCACCACAGCAACGUGCGAAGGGAUGAAACCACCGGCGCAGAGAGCAGCGCCGGCACCACCGCGGCCCCCGCCUACAGUGAUAAUGGGCGAGAUCGGCGGCGUCCGGACAAUGAUAUGGUCGGCGCCGCUGGACCCGGUACCGCCGCCUGCAGCGUCGUGGACGACGACCGCGGCGGCAGCGGCAUCGUGCUCCUCGUCGGAGGAGUCUGCCGCCCAGCUGCUGCUGAACCUCGGCCAAGAGUCCCGGGGUAAACCGCCCACCUCGUCGGUGUCGUACUCGUCCGGACCACCGCUCAACAUGGAGAGGCUAUGGGCCGGCGAUCUCACACAGCUGCCAGCCGCUCAACAGAUGCAGGCGCUGAAUCUGACCGCCUCUGGUUCCGGCCAGCCGUGGGUGAGCAACGGUGGGGUCGUCAAGUCCGAGGCGGCCUCGCAAUCUAUAUCGAUAGCGCCGCCGGCGCCGCCGUUGCCGCCCCAGGAGCACGAGGAGGACGAGACGCCGAUGAUUUGCAUGAUCUGCGAGGACAAGGCGACCGGCCUGCACUACGGUAUCAUCACGUGCGAAGGGUGCAAAGGGUUCUUCAAGAGGACUGUACAAAAUAGGCGGGUGUACACGUGUGUAGCGGAGGGCGGCUGCGAGAUCACGAAGGCGCAGAGGAACAGGUGUCAGUAUUGCCGAUUCAAGAAGUGCAUCGAACAGGGUAUGGUCCUGCAGGCGGUUCGGGAGGACCGGAUGCCUGGGGGCAGGAAUUCCGGUGCAGUGUACAACCUCUACAAGGUGAAGUACAAGAAGCACAAAAAGAGUAACAAGGCGGGUGGCGUCGGUGGCGGCAUGGGAGGCGGUAUGGGUGGCGGCGGCAAUGUCGGUGGUGUGAACGGGUCGGGUUCUUUGGCUGGCAGCAAGGGCACCAUGGCUUCGACCAUGUUGGACAAACACAUGGCCGCGGCCGCGGCGGCUCAUCACAGUCAGCAACAGCAGCAGCAGCAGCAGCAGCAGCAGCAGCAGCAGCAGCAGCAGCAGCAACAGCAGCAGCAGCAGCAGCAUGCGCAGCUCGCCGGCAGCUUCCUUCACCAUCACAAAAUCUCGUCGGGCGAUCCGCUCAACUCGCAACCCACCCCUAGCCACCCGAGUCACCCCGCGCACACGGGCCACCUCGUCAACGGGACGAUCCUGAAGACGGCGCUCACCAAUCCCUCCGAAGUUGUGCAUUUGCGGCCAAGGCUAGACAAUGCAGUAAGCAGUUCGAGGGAUCGAGCCUUUCCUCUGGACGCGACCCUAACCAUGAUCCAAACCCUCAUAGACUGCGACGAGUUUCAAGAUAUCGCCACACUGAGGAACUUGGACGAGCUGCUGGACCAUAACUCAGACUUAAGUGAGAAGCUGUGUCAGAUAGGAGACAGUAUAGUGUACAAGUUGGUGCAGUGGACCAAAAGGUUACCGUUUUACCUUGAGCUGCCAGUUGAAGUUCACACGAGGCUGCUCACCCACAAGUGGCAUGAACUCCUCGUGCUGACCACGUCUGCUUACCAAGCGAUGCAUGGUCAGCACAGGUUCACCAGUGUCGGAACCGACGAGACGGGUGCGGAGUUUAUGCAGGAAGUAUCGAACAACAUGUAUACGUUGCAAACGUGCCUAACCAGCAUGAUGGGUCGAUCGAUAACCAUGGACCAAUUACGGCAAGACGUAGGGGUCAUGGUGGAAAAGAUCACGUAUGUCACGCUAAUGUUCAGGCGGGUGAGGCUACGGAUGGAGGAAUACGUCUGUCUAAAAGUAAUCACUAUGCUCUCACAAGACGCGAAAUCACGAGGAGGUACAACGGAAUUAGAACAGAUACAAGAACGUUAUAUGAAUUGUCUACGAAGUUUUGUCGAGCACAGCGCACCUCAGCAGCCGACUCGAUUUCACGAACUUCUCAUCAGAUUGCCCGAGGUGCAAUCGGCGGCGGCUCUACUACUCGAGAGUAAAAUGUUCUACGUUCCUUUCCUAUUGAACUCAGCAAUUCAAAGAUAGUAAUUAAACAAAAUGACGAUAAACGAAGCUGAAUACCUAUAUACAUACUAUACAUAUAUAUAAAUAUAUACACACAGAAAAAAGAGUAAGAGAACCGAACAAACAGACAACAGCAAAUGACAAACGAACCGAGAAAAACGGAAAAAUAGAGCCCGUGAAAAAGUAAGAGAGAAAAAGAGAGUGAGGACUCGAGCCGAAUGGGGAAAGGCUUUGUUUGUGUAUGUAUAAUAACUAUAUAAAAGUAUAUAUAUAUAUAUACAUAUAAAUAAUAUAAAUAAUAUAAAUGUGUAUGUUCGUUACAUUGUACAAACGAAAGAAGGCGGAAAGGGAAAGGAAGGAUCGUUCAGGCGGGCGAAGAAUUAAAAGGAAUGAAAAGAGCAGUGGACGAUAAAAAGUAACCACGUUGGAAACAGCGAAAGACGAGAAAAUAAAGAGAGAAAGAGAGAGAGAGAGAGAGAGAGAGAGAGAGAA